UCAACCACUCCCAGGAGGCGCCGUGUGUACGCCGACUGGCCUCCUGUGGUCUGCAUGUAUCCCUAUGCUCCCUCCUGUACAUAGUGGUCAUGACGACGGCUUCGCACACUUCGGAGCUUUUUUCUCCCUAUAGUCAUCUUGCGCAGGCUUAGCCUAGAGGCCCCCCCCUCCCCCUUCCCCUAAGGUAACAGUGAGUGGGUCUUCUUGGUUAGUUUGGUGUAAAGUGACUAAAGAGACCUUAGCAUCGCAGUGAUUUGCGCCCUUAAAGGUCUGCCAUUCAGCUCUAGACUCGGGACCAUGCAAUGUCAACUCCGAGCUACACAAAACGGCGUGUCCGAAACCGAGGUGACGUGUUGAAUGGAACGCCUAUACGCGUGUAUCCACCACCUGGACCAAUGGCAAACAAAACCCACUACGAGCUCCUGGGCGUGAAGCCCGAGGCCACCCUGCAGGAGGUCAAGAAAGCCUACCACCGCCUCGCCCUCAAGAUUCACCCUGACAAGAACCCGAAUGACGCGAAAGCCAAGACAAAAUUCCAGCAGCUGCAGCAGGUGAUGGAGACGCUCUCCGACCCCGACUCACGGGCCCGGUACGACGCACGGAUAAGGAGCACGGCCAGUCAGGCCAAGGCUCCGGGGAGGAAGCCUUCCUACUCGGCCUCUUCUUCGGCUUCCUCCUCCUCGUACGCGUCCUCCUCCUACCACUCCUCCUCCUCCUCCUCCUCCUCUGCAGGCUCCUUUUCAACACCGAAAUCUAAUUCAAAAUCGUUUCACAUAAAUAAAGAGAAAAGAAACAAGGAGACUGAAGUAGGCUCGACGGCCUACAUGUGGCACCUCCUAUUUCCCUUCAGAUAUAAGACGAUCGCAAUAGACAACACCUCGCCCAAGGAGAAGAAGGCCAGGAAGAGGAAGCGGUACCGGCAAAACAAGAAGAAGGCGGCGUCGUUUCACUAAGAAGGGACGCCGGGACGGCAGGCAGGAGUGAGGCGUCAGGAAGGCUUUUGAGCCUACAUCAUUCCAUCAGUUCUCUCUUCUUCCUUUCUUACUGACUCAUUCAUGUG